AUUGUUUUGAUUUCAUUGUUCCAUGGAGGCCCCAACUUGGAUUGCCUAUGCAGCAGCCUGGCUGUCCACCAUUGCACUUCUCCUCCUCGCUAAACAUCUCCGCCGGAGAAAGCUUCAUCUACCGCCUGGUCCAAAGCCAUGGCCCAUCAUCGGAAACUUGAACCUCAUCGGCGCCCUCCCUCACCCUUCCAUCCACGAUUUGUCGCUCAAAUACGGCCCCAUCAUGCAGCUCCAGUUUGGGUCCUUCCCAGUGGUGGUUGGGUCCUCCGUAGAAAUGGCAAAGACUUUCCUUAAAACCAUGGACAUCAACUUCGUUGACAGACCCAAAACUGCCGUCGGAAAGUACACAACGUAUAAUUAUUCCAAUAUUACUUGGUCCCCGUACGGCCCGUACUGGCGGCAGGCUCGGCGAAUGUGCCUCAUGGAGCUAUUCAGCGCCAAGCGCCUUGAUUCUUACGAGUACAUCUGAUCCCAGGAAUUGAAAUCCAUCCUCCGCGAGCUCUACACCGCAUCCUCUGCCCAUAAACCAAUUCUCUUGAAGGACUACUUGUCCACCCUCAGCUUGAACGUGAUUAGCCGGAUGGUGCUCGGGAGGAGUUACUU